AACUCUGAUGGCAAUUCAGCAAGAACGUUUUUGGCAGACACAAAUGUCUAUGUUAUGCAUAGUAUCAUCUGUGACGAAAUACCUAUUGCUGGCCUCAGCUGUGAAUGGGAUAUUGUCGCUGUUUCUAACUCGACUAUCAUCGCUGUGGAAUUUACGACAACAUCCCUCGAAAGUGCUGACCCUGCAAACAACAGAGCAGAGUUUAAAGAUGACAAUGGUGUCGUUAUUACAUCAGUGACAUCUACAGAAUUUGAAGAACUAGCACCCACGUCUUCCCCGGGGACAGCUGUCAUGGUCACGUUAAACGUAGCACCCGGCACCAGUACCAUUCCAAUACUAGAAUUCGGCUUCAUAGCAGUCGCCACAGAUAACGAAGACUGUCAAGGAAAAAACGAGGAAACGAUAGAAUUGGAAAUUGGUGGCGAACUAACUAUUUCAUCAGGGAAUUUUCCUUCCCACUAUGAUAAUGACCAUGUCUGUAUUUUCAUCGUCAUUCCCAAGAACGGAAGAGCUCUAUCCCUGAACGUUGUUUACAUGUUAACUGAGAGCUUUCAGUGUCCUGAAGCUGAUCCAGUAACAUUGACAUUUGGUACUGUAUAAUUGUAUUGAUAUCUUGAUCUCUUU